AGACCACCACCCAACGCCUAUACCCCCGGCACCAAACUAAAAGUCGGAAAACAUCUAGUCGUGAUUGAAAGGUAUCUGUCCGAGGGUGGGUUCGCGCAUGUCUAUGUCGUACAGACUCGUGAGGCUGCGGCGCCGGCGGGGACGAGUUAUCGUGCGGUGUUGAAGAGGGUUGCAUGCGCCGACCGAGAGCAUUUGGCGAAUAUGCAGGUAGAGGUGGACACGAUGAAGAAACUGAAGGGGUUUACGCAGAUCGUUACAUAUAUUGACUCACAUGCGUCUGCCCUACCAGCGGGCGGGUAUGAGGUCUUUUUGUUGAUGGAGUAUUGUGAGGGAGGGGGGUUGAUUGAUUUGAUGAAUUCGAGACUCCAGACGAGGCUUGCGGAACCGGAGAUUUUGAAGAUCUUUUCUGAUGCGGCACAGGGGAUUGCGUGUAUGCAUUAUCUCCGGCCACCACUGCUUCACCGCGACCUGAAGAUCGAGAAUAUCCUCAUCCACUCCGCAUCCCUCUUCAAACUCGCCGAUUUCGGGUCCGCUUCGUCACCCGCACGGAAACCCCCUGCGAGCGCAGCAGAAGCACAAAGAGUCCUGGAAGACGUCGAAAAACACACUACUCUCUUCUACCGCUCGCCCGAGAUGCUCGACCCCUUCCGGCGCAUCCCAAUCGACGAAAAAUCCGAUAUAUGGGCCCUCGGCGUCCUCCUCUACAAACUCAUGUACUACACAACCCCCUUCGAAGCCCCCAACGCCGGACCCGCCGAGAUCGCGCUCGGUAUAUCCAAUGUACGAUACUCGUUCCCCAACUGGCCGGCGUAUAGCCCAAGGUUGAAGGGGAUUGUGAAGAAGUGUUUGAAGGAACGGAAGGAGGAUAGGCCAACGAUAUAUGAGGUUGUGAGGGAGGUAUGUACAAUUAGGGGGCGGCCGGUGCCGUUUGAGGAUAUU